GUUUAUGAAGCGGCAGCAGUGAUGGGGGAGGGGGUGACGGUGGGUGACGGUGGGUGAAGUAGAGUAUAGAAGGAGGGCACAGAAGCAGCAGCACUCUCCUGACCUCACUCCCGUCCUCUUGCUCCCAUUGGUUAAAGCUGCCUGUUUCUCUGGUCCAAUCAGUGAAGAGCUAAUUGCUCCCCAUCAUAUGUUCGUAGUGGCGACGCAGGCAGAGCACCGUCAGCCCCGUAGUGUCUGCUCAGCCGCAGCUGCUAUGGUUCGCAGAGCAUCUGGAGGUCUGUUGUGAGAAUUUUGUUCCGGUUUAAAGUUUGAGAGGGAGCAGAGCAACGGACGUCAGAGGAGGAUUUACGCCUUGGUGAAUAUGAACAAAGCGGAGGCUCCAUGUCGACCCGCAGCCUCUCUGAAAUUCACAAUUGAUAACAUCCUCAACCUGAAGACGAGCGGCAGGAACUGUGACAGCUGCCGCGACACUGGACAGCAGGAUGAAGCGGCCACGGUGGUGCGUAAAGACGCUUUCCAGAGUCACCAGCAGGAACACGGGGGGCAGUGGCGACAGGAUCCGAGCAGCAGGCUCCACGAUAGUGAGUUGAACCCAGAGUGCAGCGAGUCGACAGAGGCGGUCGUCGUCAGCCGCGCAGACCCGAGGAGGGACGUGCGCUUCGACAGCGGAGACAGCAGCUGCGACGACAGCGGCUCCGUCACCGCGUCCACAGACUUGGAGCAGGGGGACGGAGAGGCCAGGAAGAGCAAGAUGGUCACGAAAAAGAAAACGCGCACGAUAUUUUCCAAAAGACAAAUCUUCCAGUUGGAGUCCACCUUCGACAUGAAGCGCUACCUGAGCAGCGCGGAGCGCGCCUGCCUGGCCAGCUCUCUCCAGCUGACGGAGACGCAGGUGAAAAUCUGGUUUCAGAACCGCAGGAAUAAGUUGAAACGGCAGAUCUCCACCGAAAUCGACGGACCCGUCAGUGACUUCCCGGAACCUGGGAAGCCGGUGGUGAUGGGACAGCUCCCGGCCUUGUACAAAGAGAACAACCUGCUGGGGAGAUGCCUGCUCCCCAUGCCUCUGCCGGUGGUUUACCCGGGCAGCAGCACGCCUUACCUCUGCUUCUCCAACGCCAGCAAAUAUUUCAGUCUGUAUGACGGGGACAUGUAAUGGCUUCACGUUGGGGAGAAAGACUCUUUUGGUGGCCUGAUGCCCAGUGUAGAGCAUUUUAAGGGUGGUGGGUCCAGAGCUGCGGCCUUCACUGUCACAGACUUCCAGGAUGGAGGAGUAGGGACAUAUCACAAGAACACGCGGAUUUGGUAUUAUUUAUUUUUCAGUCGGUCAGAGUUUUUAAGGCCUGUACAAUAAGGCCUGACCUUAAACCUGACCUUUAAGGUGUUUUUUUUUUAAUUAAAAAAUGAGUUAGCCAGAAGGAGGCCUGAAACUAUCUCUAAAUGUUAUGAAUUCACCCAUUAUUAUUAUUAUUAUUAUUAUUUUAACCACAACAGAAAGACCAAAGCCACCAAAGAAAAAAAACAUAAAGCCUAUCUAUCUGCAUGCAUUUCGUCUAUCAUGUUUUUUUAUUGUAAUU